AUGUACUUCUCCAAGGCUAGCAUCGUGGCUUUGCUGGCGGCCGUACCCAGCACCCUCGCCUGUCUCGGAUACGAGGGCGGCGUUCCCACUGCGACUUCCACCAAGACCAACAGCAAGUACAUUGAGGUUCCCGCUGGCACUGUCUACGACGGUGGUUGGGCCAGGUUCGACCGUGGUUCUGGUGCUUGCACCAGCGGUGAAGGAGGUGAUGCCGAUGCCGUCUUUAUUCUCCGCAAGGGCGCAACUCUGAAGAACGCCAUUAUUGGCAAGAACCAGAAGGAGGGCGUUCACUGCGACGGACCUUGCACUCUCGAGUUUGUGUGGUUCGAGGAUGUUUGUGAGGAUGCCAUCACUGUUAAGAACGAUAAGGCUGGCGACCACACCUGGAUCAUUGGUGGUGGUGCGUACAAGGCCAGCGAUAAGAUUGUUCAACACAACGGCUGCGGCACCGUGAACAUCAUCAACUUUUACGCGAACGACAGUCAGUGCAAGCGCAACGUCUACGUCGAGGGCACUACCGCCCGCAACGGUGGCGAAGUUGUUGGCAUCAACUCCAACUAUGGCGACACCGCCACCCUCAAGAACGUCUGCACCGACGCUAAGAACCCGUGCCAGAUGUACACCGGAUGUGCCGGUGGCUGCGAGCCCGUCAAGUCAGGUGUUUGCUCCGGAUAA